CCUCUCGCUCGGGCUUUGGCUUGCGUCGGCCGGCUCCUGUGUUGGUUUUUGGCUCCGCGUGUUCCCUCUUCGUCCCUCGUUUCCCAUGGUUCCUGGCUGAGGGUUUUGGACUUUUCAAUAAAAGUAGAGGAACUGAGACAUGUAUGUUUUUUGUUCAUUUCGCGUAGAUAAACUCAAUAUGAAAACAAACACUGAGCUUGUGAAGACUCUCCACUGAACGGAUGGAAGAGAAUAAUUUCUAAUAGGAAGUGAGAGACCUAAUAAUAAAAUAAUCUAAAACAUAGUUGACAUUUGGAUUAGUUCCAUGCUAUGCCCUUUUGGAAAAGCUAUUCUUAACAGAAGGCAAGGCAGCAUAAUUCGCAUGUGACAUUUAUCUCAAUGAAAUGGCAUUUCAAAUUCACAUUUUCCUCUGAGUCAAAGGUUUCACUGCAUUUUCACAGUAGUUAUGUGACGUCAUCACUGAUACGACAGGACUGCAUGGAAUUCUAAAAAAAAGAUACAUAAAACGUAUAAUAUAUACCAAAGUAACCAUUAAAAAAAAACUUUAUAAGAAAAUCCAUAACAUACAAACCCCACUAGUUUUUUUUUAAACAAAAUCCUAACCAACAUAGAAAUCAAAAAAGAAAAAAAAAGAACAGGAAAGAGAAAAAGACACAGAGAGAGAUAAGAAAAAAAAAAAAAAAAAAACCACUCAACCACAAAGGACCCGAGUGAGUGAGUGCCACAUCAGGGGAUUCGGCUGAAAUCGGCACUGAAGUCAGGGGCUCCGGCUGGCCUCGCCUCAGGUCACGAGAUGAAGUCACGUGAGGUGAGGCUCCUCCGGGCUGACAGAGACUAAACGCUGAGCGGUUUCAGUCGAUAAGAAUUAUGCAACUCCAGAUGUAAUUCUUCUAUCAAAUCUAUUAAGGAGAAUGUGCAGAGGAGGAGCAGUUACACUAAUAAGGGACAUGGUGGCUACCCCCUUGUUCACGUUGGCACUGCUCACUGCCCAGAUCGCCGCUGGGGCUGCCAUGAAAGGCCUGAAGGUCAAAGUGCCGAGGGUGGCCUACAUCGGAGACAACGCGGAGCUCGAAUGCAACUUCCCCGGCGCCGAAACCGCUUCCCUGUAUUCCAUCAAGUGGUGGCGGGACAACGACCAGUUCUACCAGUAUAUUCCCAAGCAUAAGGAGCCUAAGAUGCAGUUCAACGUCUUCGGCAUCAAAGUGGAUAUCCGGUGUUUCGGAUACGAGUUGAAACUGGCAGCUCAUUUCAAGGUGUUUGAAACAGGAUCAGGUGUUUCGAACACGAUUCGAAACUUAAGCUUAGAAAUUAUGUUAACACUGGUGAACGCUGAGGAAACUGGUGUACAAUGUUCUUUACCUAAGCAGAACCCAGAUUUGUCUCUUGUUUCGGAUCGAAGACUGAAUUAA